UACAUUUCCUGACAUAUUCAGAUAAGGUGACAUACUGUUGCUGUUCUCAGGCUGAUGAUGUGGCUUCGGUAAUACUGAUUCUGUCAGCUGUUUAUGAUCACUAAGAUACAAGAUGAGUUUACCAAAGCCCACCGGGCUGAAGGCCCCCUCUAAGAUUUCCAAGUCUGCCACGGGGCUCACCCAGGGCAGCUCUGGAAUACCUGCCCCAGGUGCAAACAGGGGGCAAAGUGCAAUAGCGAAAAGUGCACGCUCAGCAGGUUUUGCAACCCACCCUGCUGAUUUGUAUGCUGAGGAAGUCUCGUAUAAGUUACCAGGACCCACUUCUGCUUCAGCAAACCGAAUACCGACAGGCCCAGAACCUCAGCCUUUUCAGCAGCCUGUGGAUGACUUCAUCAUUGGAAACAGGGUCUGGGUGGGGGGCACCAAACCCGGUUACAUUGCCUUCCUCGGGGAGACACAGUUUGCCCCGGGAGAGUGGGCAGGUGUUGUGCUAGACGAGGCUGUUGGCAAAAAUGACGGCUCAGUGUCUGGAGUACGUUAUUUCCAGUGCGAACCCAAGCGUGGGGUGUUUGCACGGAUUUCUAAACUGUCUCGUACAGAGGGUGGGGUAUCAGCCCCUACCCCACGCCCAGAGGGGCAAAGCAACGGUACCAAGACACCUCCAAGUAACCUGGCUCCUCGAUCCGUGACGCCUAAGCUAGGACUGUCCGUGAGUCGCACUUCUUCAGGGUCAACGUCUAGUCUGAACAAAGGCGUGUCUGGGUCAGCGUCCACUAACAUGGGCAGUGGUUCCAGGUCAGGGUUUAAGACAGGUGACCGUGUGAUGGUAAGCGGGACUAAGCCAGGCACCCUGCGCUAUGUCGGGGAGACAGACUUUGCCAAGGGGAUUUGGGCAGGGGUGGAGCUGGAUGACCCGAUGGGGAAGAAUGAUGGUGCUGUGGCAGGCAAAAGGUAUUUCAGUUGCCAGCCUUUAUAUGGGCUCUUCGCCCCUGUACACAAAGUGGCUAGGCUGGGUUCAAGUGCUACAGCUGUUGGAAUGACCACACCACGGAGCUCUAAACUGCCGUCCUCAAACAGCGCGCUGCGUGCAUCAAGGGAGAGAAGCGGCAGUCAGGAUUCCAUUAGUUCCAUCAGCUCGUCGGCAUCGAGUGUGUCUCGGAGCCGGGUAAGGUUGGGCAUAGGCAGCCUCAACAAUCAGGUCAAGCCAGGUCAGAGUCGACCAAGCUCGUUAAACUUGACCGCCAAUACCUCAGCUUUACAGAAAGCUCUGAAGGAGAAAGAGGAGCAUAUCGAGCAGCUUUUGAGGGAGCGUGACUUGGAGAGGUCAGAGGUCGCCAGGGCUGCGGCACAGGUUGAUGAGGCUGAGGGCCAGCUAGCGAACACACGCUCGGAGUAUGAUCGCUUCAGGGAGGACACUGAAGAGUCCAUUAAGAAGCUGAAAACACGCCUGGCGGAGUUGGAGAAGGAAAAGGUGGAGCUGACAGGCCGGCUAGAGGAUGAGAAGCGGAAAACGGAAGAUUUACAAUUCCAGAUAGAGGAAGAAUCAAUAUGCAAAGAUGAUCUAGAGGUCAGUCAAAGCAUUAAGACAGAAGAGGAUGAAGCCAAAGUGAAAGAACUGGAACUUCAAGUAAAACUGGAACGAGAGCGUGCUGACAAGCUGGAAGAGGAGAUGAAAAAGAUGAAGUCAGUACUAGAGGCUGCCCAGUCACAGAGCAAGUCCUCAGAUGACCUGCAUACCAUGUACCUGGACCAGAUAGAGGAGCUGACUCACAAGUUGUCCCAGGCAGAGAAUAAGAUCAAGGCAUUUGAGUCUGGCAAACAGGACGAUGUCGCCAAGACUAGCCAGCUGAAUGCUCAGCUAACAGAAAGAUCCUCCCGCCUGGCUGAAGUGGAGACUGCCCUGGACACAAAGAAAAGAGACAUGAAACAGCUGGAGUCUCGAUUGGCUGAACUGGAGGAUGAGGUGAAAGCAGGAAAUACUAAACAGCAAAAAUUACAAGCCACCAUUGAUGAUUUGACAGCAAAGAUCUCCAGCAAGGAUGCUGCCUCAUCAUCAAUGAAUUCAGAAAUCCAGCAGCUGAAGAACCGAUUUGAAGAUUCUCAGCGACAGCUCGAGGCUAGCAAAGCCAAGUCAGAACACCUGGCUGACGACAAGCUCAAGCUGGAACAACAAAUCGGUGACCUGAUGCAAAAUUCGGGCGAUAGCGCAUCUCAGCUGUCAAUUUUGAAUGAGCAACUCCGAGACAAAGAUAGAAAAAUAGAGGAGCAACAAGCAGACUUGUCCAGUUUUACUCAAAAAAUUGCUGAGCGGGAAACUGCUCUUGAGACUUUAAAACAAGACCAUUUACAGGGGGUGGAAGAAUUAGUUAGCAAACACAAAGAGGAAUUAAAAUCACUGCAGGAAAACAGGGAUGAUGUGCAAGCAGAAGUGGAGAAAUUACAGACAAAAAUUAAAACUUUACUGGAACAACAUGAGCAGGAGAAAACGGAAUUAGAGAACACCAGACAAAGGGAGGUAACUGAACUGAAACAAACUCUACAAACAGUUCAAGAGGAACAGAAGAAAUUGGAGGAAAUUAUCACACAGAACAAAGAAAACAUGGAAAAAAUCUCAACAGACAACGAAAACAUAAAGUUUGAGAAGGAGAAGCUGGAACGCUCUGUGAAGAAGCUAGAAGGUGAGAAAGAAGGACUGAGCUGUGAAGUGAGCAAGAUUCAGGCAGAGCUGGAGCAGGUGAAGGCAGAACAUGGGCAGCUGGACUCGCAACACGGCUCUGUACAGGCACAACUGACAGCCCUCACCACGGAGAAGGAGAAGCUGAGACAGGAGAAGGACCAGGCAGAGAAGAAACUUCAGGAAGCCCAGCUGGACACCAACAAGCUGACAGAUCGGUUGGACAAGCUGACGGCAGAGAACAUGGAACUGACCAGCAACCUGGAAAAACAGACAGCAGAGCUACGGGAGCUAGAGGAACAGAUCAAGAAACUGAGGGAAGAAAACGAGGAACAGAAAAAGUUAAUAGAGACUCAGCAGGUUGAGGGGAAGCUGAGCUCAGAGCUAGAGAGUCAGCUUGCAGAAAUCAAGAAGGCUUUACAAGAGGCUCAGGCUAAACUGGUUUCCUCAGAACAGGAGAAAGAGGGCUUAAAACAACAGACUUCUGAGGCUAUCCAACAAGUGAACAAAGCCAAAGCACAGUUUGAAGGAGAGAAGGCGCAACUAGAAACAGCUAUGAAGCAAAUAUCACAACGGUUGUCUGAUGUCAGUAGUGAAAGUGAGUCUAAGCAGGCCUCUCUGAAGGACUCCUUGGACAACACCCACAGUCUGUUAGGGCAGAAGGAGCAGGAGCUGACCACCCAGAGAUCACAGAUCGAGGCGUUGGAGCAGGAGAAGACAACUCUGUUGGCUUACAAGAAUUCCUCCCAGCAACUUCAGUUGGAGGUUUCUGAGCUGGAGAAAAAGGUGGCUAACCUCCAGAGUUCUCUGGAGGAGUCCAAAGCCAAUGCUAACUUCAUCAACAACCCUGAUGGUGAAGGUAACCCUGCUCUGGCUAAGCUCAAGUCGGAUAAAGACACACUAGAAGGACAGGUGGAAUUCUUGAACUCUGUGAUUGUGGAACUACAGAACAAAAAUGAGAUGCUGUCUGUCCGUCUGUCUGCUAUGGAGGCUGGAGAUCAUGUCAACGGGGCUCUGGAAGCUUCUUUGGAAAGCCCAUCCAAGGUGAAGGCCCCGCGGCUUUUCUGCGACAUCUGUGAUGUGUUUGACAAGCACGAAACUGAGGACUGUCCUCUGCAGGCCAUGUCAGACACGGAGAGCCCACCCCCAUCACAGCACCAUGGCAGUCGGAACGAGGAGAGGCCUUACUGUGAUAUCUGCGAAGCUUUUGGCCAUUGGACAACUGGUUGUGAUGAUGAGCAGACAUUUUGAAAGCUCCCUGGUGAUUGACUGAUAGAUAGCUGGCUCCUGAUUGGCUGUUAGAAUGCUGGCACCUGAUUGGCUGAUAGAGCGCUGACCCGUGACCGCUGCGGUGCUUCCCCUCUGCAGCUUCUACUCACAUUACACAAUGUCUCAGCAGACAUCUUGAAGGAAAGCACCUUUUUUCGCUUUUCACGGUAAUCAGGCCUGAACACGUUGGAGUAGUUAGCCCAUCCAGUUAAGGAAGCGCUCUUUGAGAACAAUAAUGGCAGUUAGCAGUCAGCCUAGGAGAAAGGUUGUAAGUUGUGCGUACAUAAUUUCACCCUCUAGCUGUACAAAUUGUGUUCUGAAAGGGUCGAGCUAUUCUGUCAUUUCGAAAGGAUACGGGUGCAAAUGGUCACUGGCCAUACAACAUAGAUCUGUGUUUUCAUGAAGGCUGUUGGUCUUUCCUUCUGUUAAAAGUUCCGUGAUACUCUCCACAAGAUCGCACAAGAAAGCUGAUCAUUAAAGACAAGUGUUUGAGUGAUAAUAAAAGCUGAGUGAAAACAAACAAAGGUUUAAUCAGCCAGAUGUUUAUUCUGCUAACACUUGUGGUAUUCUAGGAGCUGGGCUGUGAAAGAAAAAAGUUGAUGCAGUGCUGAAAAGAAAGUUCUCCUUUGUUGGACAUCUUUGGCUGAAUCUACAAAGGCUAUAGAGUACAGUUUCUGCACAGCUUUGGUAGCCGUUGAAAUAAUCCACCUUUGGUCAGCUAACAUGAGAUAUUUGAACCUGGAUAAGGUUCAGUCUCCUCAAUGGUCUGUGCUUCCUUUAUCUUUUGGACGCGUAACCUCUCGUGUGAAUUCCUCACAAAACAGUUGUGAUAUUUCCAUGUUGUGUUUGUUGUUCCAUGUCAAGAGCAAUCCAUUCAGAACAAUUCCAUGUACGGUGAAAUCAAGUUUGUGUGAUUUCUGAAAACAUUUUGUGUGUAAACAGUGACAGCUCGGAUGUUCAUCAGAGUUGACUGUUAAAGGAAAGUGACAGUGAUCACCUCCAUUACCUCUGUUUCUCCUCAGCAUUUAUAAUGACAUGUAUUCCUCCCUGAGAUUGUUUAAAAACUCUUUGAGAAAACCGUGAUGACCUGCAAUAGUUUGCACAUACCCAGACCACUUCAGUAGUAUAGGAAAACUUCAGUUAUUCACAUCAUACAACAGGUGUUGUACAUAUAACUCAUUAUGAAUGGCAGGAAGUGAAGCAGAAGUUCUUCUCGACAUGUGAGCUUGUUGCAGUGGAAAACGUAACAAUCUGAUAAGGUAGUUUCCACAGGUUUUUCGAGUUGGAGUCCUAUGCCUGCCUUGUACAUGUGUUUGCCCUGCCAGGACAAUUCUGUGGAGUUUCACUCGUGAUGCAAAUGUUAGGCCAGGUAGCCCUAUUGAGUCUCCAUAAUCACUGUUCAUCUUGUUUGUCAUUAUUGUUAAUGGGGCAUGUUAUCAAUAUGUAGGUUCUUCUUGACAGGAAAACCAUUUUAGAUCUUCAAAACUUGGUUAAGGACAGUUUAAAAAUUGCAAACAGAUUUUCAUACAUAUUACAGAAGAAAAAAAAAUGGUGGAAGAAUUGAACACAUGACAAUGGUCGUGGAUUAGUUCAGUAGGUCCUGUUAAAACAUCAAUCAGUCAUUCAAUCAAUUCAACCUGAAUGUAUUCCUGUGUACUGAAGUGGCCUUACUAGUAGUAAUAUAUAUUCCUGUGGUUUUCUCUCUGAAGUGAUAUUGUUCCUCUUUGUGUACAAUAUGAUGUGUGUACCCAGAAGAUAUUUACUCAAGUCUCUGAUGUGUACCUGAUAUUAUGUGGAGUGUACACCACUUGUAACCACAUACUGUGUGUACAUCUACCAUAGUCACGUUUUCCAUUGUUAAUAACCAAUAUACAUACACAUCUAUAUAUGAUAAACAAGUGUACAUAUCUCCUGUUGAAUGUUUCUCAUAUUACUGUAUUUCACCUAAAGUUUAGCACUUUUAAAAUGGCACACUUUGUUUAAUUUCGAUUGAUUCAUCCGCCUUAUUGUGCCACUUUUUUGUGAAGGUUGAUUCAUCCACCUUAUAGUGCCACUUUUUUGUGAAGGUUGAUUCAUCCACCUUAUAGUGCCACUUUUUUGUAAAGGUUGAUUCAUCCACCUUAUAGUGCCACUUUUUUGUGAAGGUGGAUUGAUUUCUUAUCAGGAAACCUUAAGUGUUGGCAUCAGAAGUUGUAUUUGAAAGCCUUUAUGUUCCUUCUUACAGUGCAUUGUUACAUAACCAAACUUUAGGUGAAAUGCAGCCUAUAUUCAUUGCCAUGUAACAUCUUGUGUAAAUAAGGGUAUGCCACAUUUCUUUUUGUAAGUACGUGUUCUGUCUGGGCAUAAGCUAAUGCUUCAGCAAAUUAAGGUCCCGUUGUAUAAAUUUCAUAUGCGUUUGUCCUGAACCCCAGUAGCUUGGCAACCAUGACCUGAUAUUCCUUUAAUUUAAUAAGCUUCUAUACAAUACAUGUAUUUCCUGUUCAUGUUCGUAGCAAAGCCUCUAGGCAUUGUUUCAUGUCUCCUGGGAAGAUAUACCUGCAUUUAGUCGUCUCAUAAACUAAUACUUCAUCCUAAUCCAAGUAAUAUAAUGGAUUCAAUUCAACUUUUACUGAAAAGAAAAAUUGACAAGAUAUGGGCUUGAUCUUGUGGUUUUGAUUGAACUUUGUGGUUAUAAGAAAUGGCGUGAACCCUUCUGAUGCUCAACGUGAUCAGCUUUGCCCUUACAUGUGUGUGCAAAUCUGUGACCUUGCUCAUUUGAUUGUCUGUAGGAGUUGCUGGUUUGGUUUGGAAAUAUAGGAUGUCCUGUGUUAGUCUUACGGAAGCAUAUUAUGCACAAGUUUAUGGUGAUGUGCUUAGUACAUAAGUACACAUUUCCAGCAUCUGAUCAAGAUCACAGUUUUGUGUAUUUAGUGGCAUAUGUGUAUUCAACAUAAUAUUUGAUGUAUUUCAGCUUUUUAAAUUUUAGCCAUAUUGAUGGGACCCAAAAGGGUUUCCAGAUGAAGAAGUGGUAUUUCAGUAUAAUUUCUUUUUAUAAGCAGAUGUAGGGUUAUGUCAGUUUUAACCAGUUUCAACUAAAAAGUAGUGUGGAUUUUGCCAAUAGCCAUAUUAAAAGUCUGAAAGGCAAGUGAGUUUGUGUUUUGGAAAAUAUUGAACACAAUUCAAAUUAAUACUCACAAUUUGUUAGGUGAAUAUGGUACAUAGAUUUCACAUAUAUGGUGUACAGAAUAGGUGGAGUCUCUGUCCAUGGUGUCACAGCAUUUAACAGGCCAUGACAAUGUACAUGAAGGGUCUACUGUAGAGCACUGUUUUAAUAAGAUCAAGACCUGACGUCUCAAGAGGUUGAAGAUGUAAAGAAAUGGGUUGCUAAAUUCCACAACUCACAAAAUCUUUACCCCUCUACCAUAUCAUGAAGUAAAGAGACUCUAAAGGAAACCUCUCAAGACGUAAAGAAGUGGGGUGUUAAACAAAGAUACCGACGAAUAAUACUGAGUCAUAUGUGUCAGCAUUCUACCUUUUACCAUUGAACGUGAUACAUGUACUGCUAAUCGCUUGCCAAAUUGCAACAUUACUGAAAGGAUUGGACAAAAUGUAUCCUUUCCAGCAUUUUAUCAUUUUUAUACAUAAGUAUAUACUGAAUAUAUUAUCUAGCUCUUUGGGCCCCUUCCCUAUUUUGUUAUGUUUAUUGUUUAUGCUAGUUUGAAACGUCUCUGUACAUUUGCUAAUAUUUAUUUUGUUUAUUACAGCACUUAAGUUCUUGUUUAUUUGGGAUCAUGUUUUCUCUUUCUUUUCAAGGGAAUGUAUAGUUUUACUAAUAUACCCAGUGUUAUUUUCUUAGGUAAGGUGCAUGCAUAUUUUGUUGAAAGUUUCUCCAUGCUUUGUUUAAUUUUUGUUUUUAUUGAUACCCCUCCCCCCUCAUAAUUUAUGAACUUACAUGUAUAGCUGUCCUCCAUUGAUCACUAAUCUAUAUGGGCAAGAUGCAGCUGAAAAUAGCAAGAUUGUUUAUGAUUUUCAAUACCACUUCUGACAUCAAAAUGGCAUCACACAAUGUAAAUUUGCAUAUGUGUAUAUAUUAUAUUAAUCAUUGAGUAAAACCUACCUUAAUUCAAUACCAUGCAAUAUAAAGAAAUGAACCUUAGCGCUCAUAUAUUUAAAAGAUAUACUAGCCAUACCACUAACCCGAAGUAUUUCUGCAGCCUGGAAGAAAUGGCCUAUCUUCAGGAUUCAGCCAUGGAAAAAUAACCCUUUUGGGACAGUUGAUAUUUUUAUUAGAAAGUAGGAAAAUCUCAGUGCACAUAAAAUACUUGCAAGGUAUACCAGUGAAGCUGAUAGCUUAUGAGAUGAGAGUUAACAAAAGAUCUUCAGUAGUGAUUUUAUUUACAUGUGUACAUGAAGCAAUUCUUGAAUAGGUCUGAUAACACCUAGUUUUCAUGCUGAUAGAUUUAUCUUUGAAAGGAUUCUAGAGCGCAGUGGAACGUUGCUGUUUUACAUACAUGUUAACCUCAUCAGAAAGUCCUGAAUAAAAAUUAAAUUUAGUCAAGUUACUUCACAAAUCUAAGUGUAAUAUUUGUGAAUGUUGCGAUGUAUGAAUUACGGACCUUGUUUCAGAAAAUUUAAUCAUUUGCUGUAUAGUUAAUUGUAACUAUGGCGACAAAUGUUAAAAAAUCUACACUGCUGUGGUAGUUACGUAUGUUCCAAAAGUGGUUACGUAUGUUGCAAUGAUAGUUACAUACUUUUCAAUCAUAGGUACAUACCUUGCAAUGAUAGUUUACAAAUGUUGCAAUGGUAGUUACAAUCAACAUGACCUGUGGGAUUGCUUUGUUUGCAAACGGGCCGGCUGAGUGUUUGCAUGUAAACAAAAUAAGUUUUACACCACCAGAAUUUCUGCACUAGCCCGUAUGCUGCCGUUAAUGUGCCUUUAGUAAACUGUAAUGUAUUACAGCCUUCUUGUAUGUCAUCUGGACGGAAUUCUUACUGACAUAUGGGCAGAGGUUUGAUUGUCAGAUUUAUGCAGUGUUAAUUGUUGCUUUAAAGUCUUGUCAUAAUGCCUGCUUGUUGAUGGAGAGCUUUUUUGGACAUCAGUCACUGUUUGUUGCUGGUGAGCUUUCUCGGACAUCAGUCACUGUUUGUUGCUGGUGAGCUUUCUUGGACAUCAGUCACUGUUUGUUGAUGGUGAGCUUUUUUGGACAUCAGCUAUUGUUUGUUGAAUUGGGUUUGCUCUGAUGAAUAAAAAAAAAAGAAAGUAUAACAUCAUUUACUUGGUUGAAUAAACUUAUAUAUUUAUACAUA